AUGCACAGAUGUCAGUAUAAUUUGCCUCGACGUCGCAGGGUUGAUUACUACUUGAAGCAAAGGCGAAAGUUUCAACGUUUUUCUAGAAUUGGAGUUCGUCAUACACCCAGUUGGUUUACAUUGUCUGUAUCUGCCCCUGCAUUGACGUCAUCAAGCAAUGUCGGAUCGAAUGAGAUGAGUGAUUCUGUGGCCUGGUCUGCUGAGAUGACCCACAAAUUUAUGGUCCUGUUAUCUGAGCGGGCCAAAAAUUCACACGGUACCGCAAUAAAAACAGCAGAUUACCAGGCAAUGUUGGACGGCAUAUCAUCAGUGGCUGGCAGGAGACUCAAUGUUACACAAUUAGCCUCUAGGUUCUUUCGCCUGCGAAAAACUUAUCAAGCAUGGCGGAAAUUGCUGCAACACACGGGGUUUAGAUGGGAUCACGAGUCACAAAGUCCAACGUAUCCCGUUAAGGUUUGGCAAGAAUAUGUCAAGCAAAACCCAUUGGCGCAACAAUUUUACCACAAGGGACUUCCUCAUAAGGAGCUUUAUGAAAUAGUAUUUGAGAAGCAAUCUACCACUGGAAGAUAUGCAUACACAUCUACAUCCCAACUAGUGGAGACCUCUAGUUAUUCCAAUCCUGACGCGGUUCCCAUGGAUGGUAGCGACUUUGAACCUGAUCCUGAUCGGACGACAGGGGAAAAACGACCAAACACAUCUGGCCAUGGAAGAGCGAGAAAUAGGAGGAACAGAAGCAACCGAGGACAAUCACUUGAGGAUGCCAUUUUUAGCUUGACAGACGAGCUUGUGGAGAAGCGGACUAUGGGAUCGAGGGCUAGCAAUUGUAGUGCAGAUGAGAGGGAAAGAGAGAACACCAAUGCUCCAUCUGAUCCUUUUUCCAUGAGCAAUUGUAUUGACAUCUUGACGGCCAUGCAAGUACCGACACAGUUUUACCUGCCGGUUGUCCAGUACUUAUAUGAAAAUCCAGGGUGGCGGGAGAUAUUCGUGAAACUCCCGCUUGAGGAAAUGGCUAACUAG